CCUCGUGGUGCGACAAUUUUUUUGCAGCUCCAGUUUGCUUGUCGCUUUCUCGAUUUUUGCUACUGUGAUUUAACUGAUAUUUGGAAAACAUGAGUGGAGAAGAGAUGGAUGCGCUUUCGGAGAGUGAAGAUGAUACAGAUAUCACCAUUGAUGAGGUGCCUGGUACAAAUAAGAAGACUCAAAACGAUGUGAAUGAGCUCCUCUCGAUCCUGGAUGAUGGAUACACAUCGGAGGCGGAGCUUAACACAAGAAAGUUGGUCACGCAGAUGAACAGGAAGAAAAAGAAGUCCGGAGGUUUCCAAUCCAUGGGUUUAUCACAUUCAGUGUUUAAAGGAGUAAUCCGCAAAGGUUAUAAAGUACCAACUCCUAUUCAAAGGAAGUGUAUUCCACUCAUACUAAGCGACAAAGAUGUGGUUGCCAUGGCUCGUACAGGGAGUGGGAAGACGGCUGCUUUCCUUAUUCCGAUGUUUGAGAAAUUGCAAGGUGCACAAAGUGGUGCAGGGGCAAGAGCACUUCUGCUUUCUCCCACAAGAGAACUGGCAUUGCAGACACUUAAGUUUGUAAAAGAGCUCGGAAGAUUCACUUCUUUGCGUACGGCGUGUAUACUUGGGGGUGACAGCAUGGAUGAGCAGUUCUCGGCCAUGCAUGAAAACCCCGAUGUCACCAUUGCCACCCCCGGUCGUCUCAUGCACGUCCUUAUCGAAAUGGAACUCAGAUUAUCGAACAUCCAUUAUGUUGUGUUUGACGAAGCGGACAGGUUAUUUGAGCUUGGUUUCCAGGAGCAACUCCACGAGGUCCUCCACCGUCUCCCUGAUGAUCGUCAAACUCUUCUUUUCUCAGCCACACUCCCCAAACAACUUGUGGAGUUCGCAAAAGCCGGUUUAAACGACCCUACACUAGUCCGACUUGAUCUUGACUCAAAACUUAGUGACCAACUCAAGCUAGCGUUCCUGCAUCUUCGUGAAGAUGACAAACUCCCAGCUUUGAUUCAUCUCCUCCGGAACGUGUUCAAGGAGACGGAGCAAACCGUCGUUUUUGUUUCGACGAAGCAUCACGUGGAGUUUGUAAAAGAUGUCCUUAAGUUGUUCAGCAUCAACUGCUCGUACGUUUACAGUAGUCUUGACCAUACUGCUCGUAAAAUCAACAUCGCAAAGUUCCGGAACAAAAAGACAAUGGUGCUCAUUGUCACGGAUGUUGCAGCGAGAGGACUGGACAUCCCAAUGCUCGAUAACGUCAUCAAUUUCUCAUUCCCGGCAAAAUCGAAGUUAUUUGUUCACAGAGUUGGUCGUGUAGCACGAGCGGGACGCACAGGUACCGCUUACUCCCUCGUGUGUCCGGAAGAACUUGCUUACGUCAUCGAUCUCCAUCUUUUCCUUGGACGACCUUUGAAUUUUGCGAAAACUGGACAAACUUAUCAAGCAUGGGACAAUGUAUAUGGUCGCGUGUCACAGAGGAUCAUAGAUGAGGAACAAGCUGCUCUGCAGAACAUUAAGAACAAUUCUGAUCUCCAAGCUUUGCUUAAAGUUGCACAGAAUGCAUAUAAACAGUAUUUAAAAUCACGGCCUGCUGCUUCAAGCGAGUCAAUCAAACGAUCACGAGAAAUUCUUCAAAGUACUAAUAUUGCUCUGCACCCAAUUUAUGACGAGAGUGGUGAUACAUCGGAAGAAGCAAGACUAGAGUUACUUUCAUCUGUUCGAAAAUAUAAACCUAAUUCUACAAUCUUUGAAAUUGGGGCAACAGCAAAGAGCACGGGUUCAUAUGUUAUGAAGAAGACCAGGAAGAGGCAUGUCAAGUUUGUUGAGAAACAUCAACAGAAACUGAGGAAGCUCGCUGAGAAGGAUGAGGUGUCAGCUCUUCAGGUCAAGGAGAAUAUUCCGGAAGUUGUUAACGAAGAGGAAGAAGAAGAUCUCAAGAAUACGUUCUCAAAAAUAGUCCGACCUACCAACAAUAUCAGAGAGUUUACUGAGAUGAAGAAAAAGAAGAAGAAAAAACGAACAGCUAAAGAUUUUAAGGAUUCCGAAUUCUACAUCGACUAUAAACCGAAAGAUCAUAACACAGAAGCGGGUUUGAGCAUCGGUAACGGUCGAACUAACUUUGCAAAGGAAGCUUCAAACGUGACAUUGGAUCUUAUCGGAGAUGAAGAUAAAACACUCCGCCAACAAAAAAUGCAAAGAAAAGUUUGGGAUCGGAAGAAGAAGAGGUUCGUCAAUGCUCAGGAUGCGGGACCAACUGCUCCUAAGAAGAAGAUCAGGACUGAGAGCGGUGCCCUUAUAUCCUCCACUUACAAGAAGAACAUAUACCAAGAGUGGAAGAAGAAGACCAAGUUGGCUGAUCGUGAUGAAGAAGUCUAUACUGGGGAUGGAACAAGUGGAAGAUGGAGAGCUGGUCAAAAUAGGAGACUAAGCGGAAAGCAACAAAAUUCAAACUCUAAAAUAAAAUCUGAACUAAAACGACCAGAACAAAUUUUAAAGCAGCGUAAAUUGCAAGCGCAAAAAAAGAAAAAUCAACAAAAAAGAAGAAAACCAAAAGGCAGAAGAUGAAAUUUAUCAUAAAACACUUAUUCUAAAAAUUGUACUUCUUGUUUUAUUUCCACAUUAAGGUGGAUGUACACAGUAUCCUGAAUUUGUCCGUUUUGUCUGGAUUUCGCUGCCGCAUGCGGAAUUGGACACGAGUUUGCAUACGACUUCGCAUGCGAAUUCGCACGCCGGAUACUAUGUACAGCCACCUUUACUAUUUCUUGCUUGUUUCUCCAAAGUUGGGUUAUUUCCUUUGUGCAACUGUUUAGAUAGCAGUGGUUCUUAACCUUUGGCUCAUAUAGGCUUUUUGGAAACGUUAAAAAUACUGACCAGAUACAGCCUUACUGUUAAAAACAGGAUCUGGGUUUAACAAGUUUGGUUAAGAACCAAAUUUUCACCUUUUGAAUAUGUGGAUAGUUAAGAUCUAUACAAAAAAUCACUAUAGUAUGGUGAAACAUUGGUGCAAAUGUAUUCUUUUUGCUAAACUGACAAAUCGGUUCACAGAGCUAGGGUGUAAAGUUUGUCAAUUUUAGUUUAAGGUGGCUUGAACAAAUAUAAAAAGAUCCGGAAAAGAAAAUCUUACAAGUAGAUAAGGAAUCCCGAAAGUCCUGUCCAUGUAUUGUUAGAUGUAUGUUAUAUAAUGAUAAUGAAAGAUGAUAUGCAUGAGGUUGUGGAACAACCACCAACUUCUAAAUUUCAAUGCGAGAUGAAUGCAUUGAAGAAUGCAGAUGGGUCUGCUUUCUAUUCUCAGGGUGAGACCUCGGUCAUGGUAGCAGUGUAUGGUCCCGGUGACCUGAAAGAAACCAAACAAGAAAUUGACAAAGCGUUGGUUGAAGUAGAUUUUCGCCCAAAACUCGGCAGUCCUACUGUCAAUGAAAAAUAUUUGGAGCGUUUUGUACAAGGAGUUUGUGAGAAUGCUAUAAUGCUUGCCCUUCAUCCAAGAACUGCAUUUGCCAUAAUUGUACAGAUUAUGCAAGACCAAGGAUCGUUACUCUCCUGUGCCAUUAAUGCAGUGUGCGUGGCACUUCAAGAUGCCGGUGUGUCCAUGAAACAUUUACCAGUUGCUGUCACUGUUGCUUUAAGGAAGGAAAGCGAGAGCGAGUUAGAAGAUGCAACGGAUGUGCUUAUUAUUAACCCAACAAUAAAAGAAGAGUCCGAAUCAUUUUCUAUCCUCACAUUUGUAUUUGAUAGUGUCAAUAAGAACCUUCUUUGCAUGCACUCACAGGGCCCUCUGCUGCCGAAGCAGCACGAACGUUGUUUAAAAGCUGCGAAAGAAGCUACUGAAGAAGUUUUAAAGUUUUUUAGAGACUCUGUAACUCAAAAAGUGGCUGCUGGAUUGGAACUUUAAUCGCUUUUGUUCUCUAAUAAAGUUUUUAUUUUAA